AUGCAGCUCCCCACCAUCGCCACAAUCCUCCUCCUCGGAACCUUCGGCGCCCUCGCCGCCCCUUCAUCCGGCAACAAGGCCUGCCACCCCCGCUGCGCCGAGGGCGAGGUCUGCGUCGCCGGCACCUGCGUCAAGCCGACCUUUUGCGGCGGGUUCGCAGGGAUCCAGUGCGAGGACGGGAAGAAGUGCGUCGACGACCCGAGGGACGGGUGCGACCCGCUCCACGGCGGGGCCGACUGUGGUGGGAUCUGUGUCUGA